AUGAGUACACCUCCGCCGCUGAGCCAAGGUUUUGGCUAUGGCAUUGUGAUAGGUUUAGGUUUUGCCUUCUCGUUUGGCAUGAUCUUGACGACAUUCGUGCUGAAGAGAUACAACUAUGAACUCCAAACUUCCGAAAUGUUCUCAACCGCUGGUCGUACAGUGAAAUCAGGACUUGUUGCCUCAGCCGUAGUCUCAUCCUGGACAUGGGCAGCUACACUCCUCCAGUCUAGCGCUGUUGCCUAUCGAUAUGGUGUAUCCGGCCCUUUCUGGUACGCCUCGGGGGCCACUGUUCAGAUUAUUCUGUUUGCUACGAUCGCUAUCGAACUAAAGCGAAGAGCUCCUAACGCGCAUACGUUUCUCGAGGUUAUCAGGGCUCGUUAUGGUGCUGUAACACACAUUGUUUUCAUGGUCUUUGGCCUCUUCACCAACAUUCUUGUUACCUCUAUGUUGUUGACAGGUGGUUCUGCUGUUGUGACUUCUCUUACUGGCAUGCACACUGCUGCUGCCUGUUUCCUCCUACCCGUUGGUGUAGUGUUGUACACCAUGUUCGGAGGCAUCAAGGCUACCUUCUUGACUGACUAUGCACACACCGUGGUCAUUCUGAUCAUCCUCUUGAUGUUUGCUUUCACAGCAUAUGCGACCAACGAGAAUCUUGGGAGCCCUGGCAAAGUUUUCGACCUAUUGGUACAAGCCGCAUCCGAUCAUCCCGUUGAAGGAAAUGCCGGUGGCUCUUAUCUGACCAUGCGCUCGAAGGAAGGUGCCAUCUUCUUCGUGAUCAACAUCGUGGGUAACUUCGGUACUGUUUUUUGCGACAACGGUUACUACAACAAGGCCAUUGCUGCCAGCCCUGUUGAUGCGCUGCCCGGAUAUAUCAUGGGUGGUUUGUCCUGGUUCGCGAUUCCGUGGCUAGCUGCUACCACCAUGGGUCUCAGUGCCAUUGCUCUUGAGAACAACCCAGUUUUCCCGGGUUACCCCAACCGCAUGGCUGAUGCUGAUGUGACGGCUGGACUCGUGUUGCCUACAGCGGCUGUUGCAUUGAUGGGAUCGGGAGGUGCCGCAGCGGUAUUACUUCUCGUCUUCAUGGCCGUGACAUCAGCUAUGUCUGCGGAACUUAUUGCUGUGUCUUCGAUCUUCACAUAUGAUUUCUACCAGACUUAUAUCAAUCCCAAAGCUACCGGAAAGCAACUCAUCUACAUGUCACACACCAUGGUUGUCGGCUUCGCUGUUGCGAUGGCAGCAUGGAGCACAGGAUUAUACUACAUCGGCAUUAGUAUGGGGUAUCUAUACCUACUUAUGGGCGUAAUCAUCUCGUCCGCCGUUCUUCCCGCCACCCUCACACUAAUGUGGUCCAAAAUGAAUUGGGUGGCAGCAACCUUCACCCCACCCCUCGGUUUCGCCUGUUCUCUCGUCGCCUGGCUCGUAACCGCUCAGAAGGAAAGCGGAGAAUUGACGGUCCUUACAACCGGUGCCAACAACCCCAUGCUAGCAGGCAACGUCGUCGCCCUGCUUUCGCCCAUCAUCUUCAUUCCCGUAUUCACAUAUGCCUUUGGGCCCCAAAACUACGAUUGGCAGAGUAUGAAAGCCAUUCGCAGAGGCGACGACCACGAUCUCGCACUCGCCGCAAACGUCGACAUAGAACGAAUCCCUGGUGAGCAACGACGCGCCAUCCAAGCCGAGGAGGAGGAACAGGCUAAGUUACUCAAAGCCUCGCGUAUCGCGCGCUGGUUGACCCUCUUCAUGGCGAUCUCUUUCCUCGUACUGUGGCCUAUGCCCAUGUACGGAUCUUCGUACAUCUUCAGCAAGAAGUUCUUCACAGGCUGGGUUGUAGUCGGAAUCCUGUGGAUGUUUUGUUCGUGUUUCGCAGUCGGGUUGUAUCCGCUUUGGGAGGGAAGGAAGACUAGUGUUCGGACUUUCAAGUCAAUUUGGGCCGAUGUCACGGGCAGGAAGAAGCCUGGGAAAGGGCCCCAGAUUGUGGAGGGCGAAGGGUCGGAUACGCCGCCUGAGGCCAUGGAAGAGAAGAUGGUGAAGGAGUAA